AGCCUUCCUGGUAAGAUGCAGCCACUCCUGCUCCUGCUCCUGUUGGCCUUUUUACUGCCCCCCAGGGCAAAGGCAGGGGAGAUCAUCGGGGGCCAUGAGGCCAAGCGCCACUCCCGCCCCUACAUGGCGUUUCUUCAGAUCUGGGACCAGGAUGACCGAAAAAGGUGCGGUGGGUUCCUGAUUCGAGAGGACUUUGUGCUGACAGCCGCUCACUGCUGGGGAAGCUCAGUCAACGUCACCCUGGGGGCCCACAACAUCAAGGUUCGGGAGAGGACCCAGCAGGUCAUCCCGGUGAGAAAAGCCAUCCCCCACCCAGACUAUAAUAAAAAGAACUACUCCAAUGACAUCAUGUUACUAAAGCUGGAGAGAAAGGCCAAGCAGACUGCAGCCGUGAGACCCCUCAGCCUGCCCAGGGGCAAGGCCCGGGUGAAGCCAGGACAGGUGUGCAGUGUAGCCGGCUGGGGGCAGGUCGCUAUGGGCACGUACUCAGACACACUGCAGGAGGUAAAGCUGACCAUACAGAAGGAUCAAGAGUGUGAAUCCCACUUACACAAUUAUUACAACAACACCAUUCAGCUGUGUGUGGGGGACCCAAAGGAAAACAAAGCUUCCUUUAAGGGGGACUCCGGGGGCCCUCUGGUGUGUAACAAUGUGGCCCAGGGCAUUGUCUCCUAUGGACAAAAAAAUGGGUCACCUCCACGGGCCUGCACCAAAGUCUCAAGUUUCCUGCCCUGGAUAAAGAAAACCAUGAAAACCCUCUGA